AAUAUUUUGUUCAGGAGUUUGACACCGCCCCUCUUGCGGAUCGACACGGGCGACGCUGGUGAGCACAACACACACCCCACGAGUUGUUGCCUUACGUCCAUGGUGACGAAGACAAACCUGAGCUCAUCGGCGCUCUUUUUAAACUUAAAACUUCACCAAACUUUAAAAAAUAACGCUAAGUAUACCAUAUGUAGUGACAAUGGUUCCGUUGUUCUGAAUGCGCCCAAAACAAGACACUUACGCGGGUCCAAAUGGUCGUUGGGGACGUUAGCUAUCAGACAAAUCUGCUUCCUUCCGUCUGAGUCAUGGAAAGCAGCGCCGAGAGGAAGUUCGUCAACUUGAGAAAGCGUCUGGACCAGCUGGGUUACAAGCAUCCUCUUGGAAUAGAAUCACUGCCACUAGUUGAGAAACUAUUCAGUGAUUUAGUCCGUACCACUGAAAGCCUGCGCAAAGCAAGACUGUCACAAGGGAAGAACGAGAAAGAAUGCCUCAACUGUGAUGUUCUUCUGGAGCCAUACAGGGCAGAUAAUGCCCGACUGGUCAAGGAGAACAAUGAAGUCCACCAGGAGCUUCUGAAGGUGAUGGAGGAGAAGGACCAUGCCACCAAAGAGCUGAAAACCCGCAUCAGAAAACUGGAACACCAGACUUGUGAUCUGACGUUCCUUAACAACCAAUACAUGCACAAGCUCCGCUGCCUGGAGAAGGACGGCAAAACCAAAGCUGAGCGAAUCCUGCAGCUCCAGGAAAAGAACUUGCAAGCAGUGGUGCAGACGCCAGGUGGAAAAAAGCGCAGCAUCCCUUUCAGGCGUCAGAGGAUGCAAACAGAAGAGCUCAUCCCUCCACCCACGACAUCAGCUUACCCCGUAUCCCAGCCAGACGACCCGUACAUAGCAGAUCUGCUGCAGUUGGCCGAUAAAAGGAUUCUUGAUCUGGAGGAAGAAGUCACAAAAAUUCAGUAUGCGCUGGAAGAGUCCCAUGAAUGUAUACAACUGUUAAAUACUCAAGUGUCCGAGAGGGACAGAGAGAUAGAGCGUCUGAAUCGUUCACUUCACGGAGGGCGACCCCGUGAUGUCAUCUCUUUGGAGGCUCAGAACAUCAGCAAUGAGAAACGGAUUGCCCAACUUAACCUUCAAAUCGAUUUCCUGCAAGAUAGCAAUAGGACGCUACAGCAGAAGGUGGAGGGACUGCAGCAGAAGUCCUCCACCAAAGUGACCGAUCUCUCCAUUAAGAACUUUGAACUGUGUCAGGAGCUGACACACAUCGACGGGCUGGCCAAGCGGAUGGAGAUGGAUAAGAAGCGGGCCUUGGAAAUGGCUGAUCAGGAGUUGCUAGAUACUAAAGAAGUAAUUAGUCAUCAACAGGAAGUCAUUGAAAAUUUAGAAGAAAACCUUAAAAAGAUAAGAACGGAACUUUCCAAGAGGGGGUUUGAAACAGCUUCACUUGCUGACCAGCUGGUGGAGCUCAGAGGGCAGAAUGAGAAACUGGAGGCAAAGGUAGACUUCAUGGAGACAGAGAAAGUCAGGCUGCAAGACAAAGUGGAGAAGAUGAUGUCCGCUGAAAGAGACAUAGUGCUGGAAUUGGAGGCCAUGCGAGCAAAACAUGGCGUUUGCGGAAGGGAUCGCUCCCCGUCGCGCUUGGAUGCCUUUGUGAAGAGUCUAGAGGAGGAGAGGGAUCGCUACCGCCAGGAGGCCGAACACUGCAGGAGAUUUCGAGGAGCUGGCAGCCCCAGUCGCGGCAGUCCAGACAGGAGCAGAAGUCCACAGCGCAAGGGAGGCGUUGAGGAAUCUGAGUUUCUCGCUUUGGUGAAGGAAAGAGAUGAGCUGAAGGCGGCUCUGGUGGACGUGGAGAAACACACGGAAGACAUCCAGACGAAAGUAAAAGCUCUUAGCGCCGAAAGACACCACUUCAAAAUGAUGUUUUACCAGACACAAGAGAAGCUGGAGAAUGCCCGUGUAAGCUCAAGCACGUCCGAUGACGUCUUGAACUUGAGAGAGGAGCUAAAGCUGGCAGAGAAUAAAAUCAUGCAGGUUAAUGCCGAAAGAGAUUUACUGAUGGAGGAAUUUAGGGUUGGACCGACUUCCGCUCUUCCAGAAGGACGUGGCCUAGAAAAGAGGAUUCUUGACUUGCAGGAUGUCGUUCACAGUCUCGAGCAAGAGAACCUGGAACUGCGGUCACAGCUUUUUGCACUAAAAGACAGCAAGCGGGAUGUUGAGCAGCAGUUGGAUGUUCAGUCUGCUGCCUUGCGUCAGAAUGUGGAGGAGUCGGCCCAUCAGAGGAAAGCCGCUACCAAUCUCAGGCUGCAACUGGAGCAGACGCAACAAUUACUUUCCGACCUCCAACAAACGCUGUCUGUCAAGACUAACGAGGUGCGGGCUGCUCAUGUUGAAAUGGAAACACUUGAAGAAACAAUUGAGGCGCUGACUCAUCAGGUGUCCAAGUACAAACAGGAAGCAGAGCUUCUUCAGAUGUCUUGCUCAGCACUGGAUAAGGAGAAAGAUGCUCUGCUGGAUGAGGUGGAUCAGAAGACAGAGAAGCUGGUUCUUCUUCAGGAGGAGCUUGCAAAGAAGGAAAAAACCCUUGACGAUGUGAGGCACACAGUCACCGUAAUGGACAAAUCAUUGGCUCAGCUGCAGGGAGCGCUAAGCAGCCGUGAGAGGGAGAUCGGCAGCCUGAGGAAACAGCUGGAUGAUGCUCAAGUAGAUGUGACGGCACUCCGGGACGGCAAAGAGGUCUUAGUCAGAGAAAAGAAGAGGCUUCAAGACGACCUGUCAACCAUGACAAGAGAGAACCAGGCGGUCCACGUGGAGAUGGAUGAGGCUUUACACGAGCGGGAUGAGUUGAAGAUAAAAGUCCACUCUUACAUCGUUGCAGUGUCCAGGAUUGAGAACAUCUUGAAGACAAAAGAACAGGAGAACCUAGACCUGCAGGAGCGCUUCCACACAGCCCAAACUGACAAGGAGGAACAGGAGCUGAGGCUGCAGCAGAUUGAGCACAUCAAGAACUCCAUUCGCUUGGAGUUUCUUUCUUGCGAGACAGAAUGCAGGCACCUCCGCGAAAGCGUUAGCCACAAGGAGCUGGAGAUCCAGCAGCAUUUAAAAGCCUUGCAGGCGUACGAGGCACAAGUUUCCACGCUCACUCAAGCAAUGUCCCGCCUUGAGGAGAAGCUACGCAAAGCUCAGGAGGAGAAAGCGGGUCUCGUCACUGACCUGGCCUCGGUCAGGGAGCUGUGUGCCGAACUGGACUUGGGCAAGGACCUUACCGUACGCCAGAUCGUGUCCAAGAACAUGGAGCUGGAAAGGGUGGAAGGAGAACUGAAAGACGUUCAGUCGGAGGCGGAGUUGCUGAAGAAGCAGGUGGCGAGCGAGAAGCAGACCGUCCGCACCCUGAAUUCGUUGCUUUCGACCAUUCGCCAAAAGGAGUUGCAAACCAGCCUGACGGCCAGCGAAAAAGAGUCUGAGCGGAAAGUCCUGCGCGACCGGCUCACUCUGGCCGACAAAAAGAACGCCGAGCAUGCGAGGGAGGUGUCCAACCUGCAAGGUAAAGUCUCUCAGCUUCAGACCGAGAUGGACGUCCUCAACAGACAGCUGAUCUCAGAGCGCUAUGAGCGCCACAGGGCCAUUCAGGAGAUGCGCCGACAAGGCGUGUCUUUCUCUCCCUUGCCGAGCUCGUCGCCUGGCAAUGUCUCCACCAGUUCUUAGCACGCGCCACUGAACCAUACUUGCCAACCUUGAGACCUCCAAAUUCGGGAGAUUUGGG